AUGGUUAACGGAAAUGAUGGUGAAGUCCCGCCGCCAACCAAAACCCUUAGGGACCGUUUGAACCCGUCCAGAGUGAUACGUGAACCUGGGGUAGUUUUACCGGCCAGUACGGUUAAGUUUGAUAUUAAACCUGGGACAUUUGGAAUGCUUCGAAAAUUUAGGGGGAUAGAGAACGAAAACCCGUAUACCCACGUAAGGGACUUUGAAAUGAUCUGUGACACAAUGAGUUACCCGAAUGUCCCUAAAGAUGUGCUUAGGUUGCGUCUGUUUCCUUUUUCCCUAGAAGAGAGAGCCAAUGAGUGGUACCACUUGAUUCCCUCUAAAACAAUCACCACCUGGGAUGGCCUUAUAGAGGCCUUUGUUAAGAAUUUCAACCUACAUUACAAGACUGCUGCUGUUAGGCAGUCUAUUCAAACCUUUAAGCAGAAAAUAGGUGAGACCCUACAUGAUUACGUAGAAAGGUUUAAUGAAUUGUUGUACCAAUGCCCGCACCAUGGCUUUGAUAAAGCCCACAUUUCCCAAAUAUUAUAUGAGGGCCUUGAUAGUGAAACCCGAAUGCAAGUAGAAACGAUGAGUGGUGGACAGUUUACCCAUCAAGACCCAGAUGAAUGUUUUGACGAGUUCAUUGAGUUAGCUGAGAAGACUCGUCAAUGGGAUUCAAUGAGGGAGCCCGAAAUAACUAGCAACCCUAUCCAUAGGGUCAAUAGAAUUGAUAAUGGGUCUGAUAUCAUAAGGCGUCUAGAGGCCUUAGAGAUGAACCAAGGGUCCAACCAGACUAUGAGCUGUAACAGUGAGCCCAGAACCUAUCCAUGUACCAUUUGUGGUGAUCAAAGUCAUAUUGGACCUCACUGUCCUUUGUUUUACCCUAGUGAAACUACUCGUGACCAGGUUAGUGUCUUACAUGGUGGUAUGAACUUUAAUUAUGAGAAUCGGCCCAAGUUCGAUCCCUAUUCUAAUACCUAUAACCCUGGUUGGAGACAUAACCCUAAUUUUUCGUGGUCCAAAGGUGCCCAUCAGGGUGACCCAUCUAGCAACCCACCACCAGGUUUUCAUAGGAACCAAGAUCAAGUCCAAGAACCGAUCCAAGUUGAGCAAAAAGUGUCGUCUCUAGAGGAAACUCUAAUAAAAUUUAUGGAAACUAGUACCCGAAAUUCCAACCAAAGUAGCCAAAAGUUAGAUGACUUUGUCCUGGCGAGUCAAUGUUACCAACAGAAUACUAGUCAAGCUAUUAUAAAUUUAGAGACUCAGAUAAGUCAACUUUCGAACCGGUUAAGUGAUAGGGAGAAUGGGACAUUUCCUAGCCAACCAACUCCAAAUCCGAAAGGAGUUAACCAGGUGAAUGAGUCAGGUAGUUCUAACCACAACGAACAUGUCAAAGCAGUUAUCACCCUUAGGAGUGGUAAAAAAUUGGAGAACUGGGUAGAACCACCUAAGGAUAGUAGUCCAUCUGAAAAAGAAACUGAGGUCGACCAAACUUCGUCUAAAGACCGUGACCCUAAUGGACCUGAGAGUGCCAAGAAUCCAAGUGAGGAAGAUAUCCUUGAGAGAGUGUACACACCACCUGCACCAUUUCCUCAGAGACUCGCUAAGAAAAAGCCUAGUACAUAUGCUGAAAUCCUAGACAUCUUUAAGCAAGUUAAGAUUAACCUGCCCUUGUUAGAUGCAAUAAAACAUGUACCGACUAUGGACAAGUUCCUAAAAGAUAUGUGCACUGUCAAGAGAGACGCGAAUGUCCAUAAAAAAGCAUUUUUUGACCCAACAAGUUAG